CACGAUGAGGGGCAUCCCCAGCUUCAAGCGGCUGCGGCUCAAAAUCUGGCGGCGCUGCACCCUGCUGCUCCUCCUCCUCUGGGCUGCCUGCUGGAUGCUGGUGAGCGCCUUGCUCUUCCUCCUCCACAGGAGCGUCUUCUCCGAGCGCUGCACCGACGAGAAAAGCCACCGGAUCCUGGCCAGGCUGUGUCUUGACUACAGCAGCGGAACCCUGACUGGUGACCUCUGUGAAGACCUGUGUGUGGCACAGAAGUUGGUGUACAAACACUGCCUUUACUAUGACAGAGGUAAGAAGGUCAUCCAGGCUGACUGGAGAGGUCAGCCCAUCAUCCUGAAAUCCAAAAAGGAAAUCUUCUCCAGCUACCAGCAUCUCGGUAUGCUAGAGGAGGUGGAAACACAGGAUAUUACUGAAACGGAGCUUUUGCUCAUGGUAGCCUUGGAGGUCAAAAAUGUCCUGGGGCUAGAACUGUCUAACAAUACCAUGGGACCCUUAUGGACAAGGAAGAAGGGACCAAGUUGGAAAGCACAGGUGGCCAGCAUGUGGUCCUUGCUCCAGCAGGAAGAAUAUAUCUACUUCAGUUUGCUGCAGGACUUCAGCAAACACGUACUACGAAUUAUUGGCUCUUGUGGACAUUUUUAUGCUGUGGAGUACCUCACAGCUGGACAUGCCUGGCACAAAACUCUUUUUCCCUUGGAAAAUGUGGUCGGUCCCUCCCUUGCUGGCCACAGAAGCAGAGUGAGAGCCAUCGUUGACAUUGCACUCAGCUUUCUGGACAUGGUGCAGCAUUUUGAUAAUGAUUUCUCUCACAGACUUCACCUAUGUGACAUCAAACCUGAAAACUUCGCUAUCAGGCACGAUCUCACGGUGGUGGCCAUUGAUGUGGAUAUGGCCUUUUUUGAACCCAAAAUGAGGGACAUCCUCGAACAGAACUGCACAGGAGACGAAGACUGUAAUUUUUUUGAUUGCUUUUCAAAAUGCAACCUGAAAAUCAGAAAAUGUGGAGCACAGAGAGCCAAUAACAACUUGCAAGUAAUUUGUGACAAAAUAUUCCGUCGCUGGUUUUCCCCAGAUCUCAGAGGAGCGUUGGUUCCCUUCCCCCUGCAGGCGCAGCUGCAGAAGGCAGUGCAGGAGUGCGCCGAGCCGGGGCACGUGGGCGCUGCUGGGCACCAGAGGACUCUGAAAUCUCUCUCCCAGUUAUACCACCUGCUUCGGGUCACGCAGCGAGAGCUGCAAAGGGCAGGGUAGACACAAAGGGCAGGACUGCAGAGGCCACAUCCCAGACGCUGCUAAGGGAUGCCGUGUGUGAGGCAGCCUGUGCUUGCUUUCUCUCCCCUCCCUCCCACCCAUUAUAUUACAUUUACAGCGCAGAGAUUGUUUUUCUUCCAUGCAAAUGGAAUUCAUGGCUGCAGGUGCAGCACGUCCUGUUAAUAUCCUUUCAAGUGUGAAAUUGUUUUACAUUACCUGGAUUCUCUUCUUGCUUAUUUUCCUGAGCUGGUGCCAGCCCUCUCCAUCAGCAUUCAGGACACCGUUUUCUUACCAAGAGCCGUAGUCGCUGCUCAGCAUCUGUCAGAGAGCUGUGGUCAGACUGAGGAUGGAUCUACAUACGGAUGGUGCUUUGGAAAAGAAAAGAAACGUGUAAAUAUAGUAAAGUUAACAUCAAGAAUUAAAAAUGGGUGGGUGUGCAUGGUUUUUGUUUUAACUUCUCCAUAGAAUGAGAUAUUUUUUAAAGUAGGGACAGAGUGUUCUGUGUGAAAAGCCAACCUCAAACAGGGAAAUGGAUUGCCACGGGAGCGACAAGCUGCUUUUGUAGAGAGUAGUCCUUUCUGAUGUCCCCAAAUGCAUUUUCUCUGGUGUGUUGCAUUACCUGUACCGUAGCUAACUACAUAACUAACAGAGAAAGUAUAUGAAGGUACUUAGGACUUUUCUAGAGCAAAAUAAUUAUACCCUUGUUGAGUUCCCAUGUGGGUACUCAUAUUCUGCAGUGGAGAGGUAUGAAUAAUGCCACUGAAUUUUCCCAUGUGAACAAGCCCUCAGGCACUUGAACAUCAGAGCACUUGAUAAGAAGCGAUUCUUUGCCAGAGAACAGAUUUCCCCAGGAAUGCCAACAAUCUGUCCUUUGCACUGAACAGAGCAAUAUCCAGACCCGGAGUUUUCUUACAUGGUAUAUUUUAACGAACAAAAUGAAAAUUUUAAUAAGAAUUCAUUAUCUUGUAAUCAGUUACACGAAUAAAGAUCCGUAGGCGAUUAACUUAAAAUCAUUCACUUUGCCUUUCAAACGUGUAGCAGUGGCUGCAGAAUCUUAACACAGGGGUUCAGAAGACAUUGCAUGUAUUUAGGCCCAAUACUGGCCAAUAUACCCAUGAGCUGGUUUUUGGCAUGAAGACAUUAAAAACUGCACAAAAGAAAAACCCCAACAGCCUGUGACAGCCCUCAGCUCGGGAAGGCUCUUUAAUAUUAAGAUUGACAAUCCUGGUUUGUGGAUAUGAAACACAUAACAGGACCUGAUCUUUUAUACCCCUCAGCCUUAUCACAGCCCUGAAGUCUGUUAGCACUAAUUAUACUUAAACUUUCAAUUUCUGGGGUGAUUCUUUAAAAAGUGAUGUUAAAGUCUGCCUGUGACUAGAAACAUGAGAUGCUUCUGAGACCUUGACAGUUACCCAAAACUAGCUGAAAUUUUCAGAUUGAUGCUAUUUUUUUUUAAUUUCUUGCAAAACCCACCACAAUUUUAGGAAUCACUCAAGCCUUCAAGAAGCUCAGAGGAAGGGCAAGGUCGGCUGCCUUGCCUGGGGCUGUACUGAAGACAAGCUGCUGCUAAACCAGAGCUCCUGACUGGUAAAGUUGUGCUCAAUCCAUGCUUCUCCUCUAACCAGGGAGCCAGGCAAUGUUUCAAUGCUUUAAGAUCAUCCUUUGCAAAAGCAGGAAGGUGAAGGAGAAUAAGAAGAAACCCAAACUCCAGAACAAGACCUGUUACAAUGUUGUGAAAUUAAUAGAGGACAAAAUAAUUAAGGAUAGAAUCAGAUUAUGGUAAAGAGUUGGGGGCCGAUAAAGUAUCAGGUAGAGUGAAGACGGAGAAGAAGGGAUGAAGGAAAAAUAGGAAAAUUAAGUAAAAAAUAUGGCCCAUUUUGUGAAAAAUUGACUUGUGAUGUAAGAUUGAAUUAACUGGCAUUUAGUGUGAGGAAGAGACUAAAGAGAGGCACAGUAACACUCUUCAGAAGCAGUAAGUGGCUGAUAAAAAGAAAAUAAGAGUGAACUGCCUGUCCAGAUUUCCUUAGUGGAUGUGAGCUUGAACUGUAGCAAGGAAAAUUCAAGUUAGACGUUUGUUACAGGCUUUCUAAUAGUAAGGAACGGUGGAGCUAUGGAACAGAUCAUUUGAGAAAACUUUAGUCUGCCUAAGUCAUGACUUUUAACUACAGGCAAGAGUGAGUGCCUGUCAGGAAUGAUGUACAUGCAGUUACAUGGAUGAACCUGCCUUGAAGUAGCCUUUUAUCCCCAGUCCUGUGAUUCUGUUAUUACCAGCUUAUGUCUGUGCUUUUGCCACUCCCUCACAACAAAACCCACCCUUCUGAGACACAGAGAUUGGUAACUCUCCUUCACCUUAUUUGCGCAAAUCCGUGGGGUCCCCCGGGAAGGGAAGGCACAGAGAUCUCCAACUGCACAAGUGAUGUGACAGAGCCUGGUGGUAUGAUCAGGGUUUGCAUGUUCCCUACAUGAUGCCCCCACUGAAGGCACUGAUCUUUGCUGGGUCAGGAGCAACUCAGUAUAUAUAACCCUAAACACUUUGGGAAAUCCUGAAGUUCUUAUAUAUUAUCGCUUUCCUUUUUCCCUGGUGUGAUUAAUUCUUUACUCCUUCCCAAGCCCAGAGGGUACCAUCAUGGAAAGGCCAGCACCAAGCAGAGACUUGGUGCUUUGCAGCAGUGUAUGCUCCACCACGGCAGGGUCCCCCUUCCCAGUUUCAGGUUUGCAUUUCAAACGGUAAGGUUAAAUUUCUGUCAGAUGUGAUGUUUCUGUUUUAAAACAGGUGGGAAAAAAGAUAGUGAAAUGAAAGCCAGUGGCAGCCAAAUGUGGCUGGAACGUCACUCUGCUCAGAAUGUCCUUCUCCUUGGCAGGAGUUAGGAAGGGAAGCUGCCUUUGACAGAUUUCUCCAAACCUCGAGGGCCUGGCUGCAGCCACCUCCACCUGGCAGGGAGCUCCUUCCCCCACACCACACACUUUCCCAGGUCAUUAGGUUUCACUUCUUCUUUUCAGGAUACAGAGAAUAGUCCUCAGAAACCUCUCAAGAGCGACACAAAUGGGUUAUUUGUACUUGGCUGGGCUGUGAGAUUGCAUAUCACUGAUGCAGCCAGCAGUCUGGCUUUGGUACACCUUCACCGGUGAGCACAAAGACAAGGAGAGUCUGACAGGCUGCGUGAACACAGGGCUUCUUUCUUCACUGCCCCUCAUGCACCUGGUGAAGUCACUAAAACCUGGGAAAUGUGAGAAAAAACACUACCAGUGAAGCAAGCGAAAUAUUUCAACCAACUUAGCACAGGUACCAAUGACCAAAACAGGAAUAAAACAGCAGUCAUGCCUUUAUCUCCUUGGGACAGAAAGAAAAGAAAAUGAAGACACUGAUUUAGUUGCCACUUAAAGGAGGCAAGUGCAUAACGCAGUCAUUUGAGACUAUAUCAUUUUACACCCAUGUUUUAUGGCAGAAGUGUCUAUAGAGGUGUGUGAAGAGCAGAAGCAGGCUCCCAUGGCCCGGUGCUCCCUUCCGACAAAGCCCUUUUCAUACCAUCUUGGCAGGGCUGCCCACCAAAAAUAGCCCUGGCAUCAAGAGGCACCCGGCUGGCUCCUUCUUCAGAGGGCACGGGCAGGUCAGGUGGGUGUUGAAGGAGAGCCCUGUGUGCUGUCAAACCAGGGCUGUUGGCACCCUUUGUGGCAAUGCCACAGCUAGCAGGGAUCAGUGGGAUAUUCUGCUGUGAAGCAUUCCUGGGCUUUGCUCAGAAGACGAAAAGUUGUCCAGGAUGAUUAUCAUGCUCCGCAAGAGUCUAACUACAAGAAACACGACACCCAACCCCUCAGUUUAAAAUGCCUUUAAGUCAGUUUUGAAAUGUCUAACAUACUCAGUUUUGACAGUUUCUGUACAGAAAAAUCUGCAAGCCAUUUUCUCAAUUUUAGUUAAUUCAUACUGAAAAGGUAUGCAGAGUAAAAAGGAGAAGAUUGAAACCAAAAUUUAAAAGCCAAUGUUUUGCCUCAGUGAAGCUUGUUAGUGUCCUCAACACUUUCUGGUGCUUACUUUUCAUCCUGAUUAAGAUGCAAAAUUUUAUGAAAACUCAAAAUCUUCUGCAGAGAUUUUUUCACCUAGCCCCACUGGUCAGACCCAGAAAAGAGGAGGUCCACCUACAGUUUUUGAAGUCACCUUUGCUUCCCACUUCAUUUUCUGCGUGCUGGUUGUGCUGUUAACAUGGGCUGCAAUGGUUUCUGCUUGGUUUCUCUCACUCAGGUAUCUCCAAAGCUCCUGCCUACUGACGCCCCUGAUUGGUGUUUAGCUCACCGCAGCUUUGUGAAAUCCUAGACUACGUAAGAUUCUUCACACUGUUCAUCCCCACCACAUAAAAAGAUGAUGCCUCUUACACAGGUUCAAUAAUAGCGUUUGGCUGCAUUGGGAAUGGCCACUGAAUCCAAUAAGGCCGUUCCUGUUUAAUUGAUCUCAGCCCCAUCUCUUUGCUUGGUCAGUCUGUUCCUGAAUCCUUUUCACUCUAUAAAAGUGGCACUACCUCUUGAUUCAUUUCUACCUCUUGCUGCAUUAGUGCCUUGCUCAGCAACGUUCUGCCCAUAUUUAUGGCUCUCGUGAAACAGGAAUGGCAUUAAGUCAUUGUUUAUUCCUUCUUUGCAUCUCCGUUAGCAGCAUGUGCUUCAGCUCUGCAAUAAUCUAAAUACACUGUCUGUUCCCACAUUUUACAAGAGGUGAGUCCAGUUGGAAGUCUACUUCAUAAUCUUUAGGAAAGAAAAAUUCAAUCCUUUCCUCAAGAUUUUCACAGAACAUCUACAUUUUGAAUGCAGAUUUUUCUCCAAUUGGCAUUGUAUGCUCCGCAAAAACAUCUGCAAGCAAUAGUCCCUGCACUAGGGUGAUGUGAAACAGCACAACUCCUUGCCCCAAAGGAUUUACGUGGUCUCCCUUGUGUUUUGAGGUUGACUUCAUAGUGACGAACCCAGAACAACAGGUCAUUGCUAUAACCACAGCUUUUCAUAUAGAGACUACUAAUCUGUAGUGUGAAUUCACAGACUCCCCCCUCCUCCGAGAGCAUUCAGAUACAUUGCUGGAGGCAGCACUAGAGAGAACAACAGAUAUUUGGGACUGGGGGAGAAGAGAGGGAAGGGUUUGUUUUAUUUUGAUUAGAAACAUUGGCUGAACAAAAUGAUUCCUACAGGUGAAAAAUAGGAUCACAAACUUGAAGGAGUUAGGGACUCCUCACUGAUUUUUUUUUUUAAUUUGUUAAAAAGUGGAAGCCCAACCUUUUAUGUAGGUUUUUUUUAAAAAAAAAAGAAAAAAAAAAGAAUUACAGAAGCUACAUAUCACGUUUCUCAUCUUUCAGCAGGACAUAUUGUUGUAUGUACUGGGCAGGAAGGUGAUAAAUUGCAGCUUUUAACGAGUAUCAGGCUGUAACAUCGGAGCCUUGCGGUUGUAAUAUCAGUUUACACAUCUGGACAACCAACUGUAAAAAACCCCCAUAAUCAGUAUCAGUGGAAGCACACAAUCAGAUUACCCAUUUUGGCAGAAGCUCUCAGAAACCUAGUACAAAUGAAGGAUGAAAUCCCUCUGUGGGGGCUGACCUGCAGUGAGUCCAAGCAGUAAGUGGAGUCGCUCUGCAGGAGCCUCAGUGGCUGCCACUUUCCUGGAUCGUCCCCAGUGAAACCAGGAGAAAGGCUGCUGGGCUUUCAGUAGCAGAAAAAGGCAGUAACUCAGAAAGAGGGUAAGAAGAGUUGCUUGGAAGAAUGAAAAUCCAGGACAACUGAACUUGGAAUUGAAGUUAAUAAGAGACAUCGUACUGAAAAAUCAGAGAACAUCAAUAAAUCCCACACACUUUUAUCACAAUUCCUAAAAAAAAAUAAAUUAAAAAAACACCAAAAAAUAAAACCAGCAGCACAGGGGAUAUAGUGCAGGUAUCUCCAAAGCCAUUUGUUGUAUGUGUCUAAGGAUCUGUCAAGUAGACUGUACAGCUCUAUAAUGAUGCCUGCAGCCUAAAAGCUAGACAGAAUAAAAUAAUUUAGCAAAAGCUUUUAGAACUACUAUUUACAUAAAUGCAGAAAACUGCCCUAAUUAGUAACAGCCUAUGUCAGCCAAAAAAGGAAGAAAGCAGUGCUUUCCUCAAUAAAAGUGCUAAUAUGUCUAUAAGUUAAAAAGUAUGGUAAAAUGCUGAAAUCCCUGAAAAACUAUGAUCCGUAAUCCUGUGGUUUGUUUAAAGUUUUGACCCUGCAGUCUUGGGCCCAUAUGCAGCAGAGCGAUGGCUCAGCCCUUUUAAACUCCAUGAAUAUUGGUGCCUUCUGCAAUAUAUUUUGGAGAUCCUUUUUUUUUUUUUCUGUAAACUGGAGAGCCUUUUCCUUACACUACAAAUGUAAGGAUGUGUGUAUGAACCAGCGCAUAAUCACUUCCAAGAGCAUCAGCUGCUAGUGCUUUCAAGAUACAUGUAAUCCAAAGUGGAGACUGUUGUGAAUACCUCUCAUUUUCCCUUGCUACUUCCUUAGCGGUCUGCUUGUAGCUAGUUAGAAAGAGAAACCCCCAUCCUGCUUAAAUUGGUUAUAAUCACUCCAAGAUUCAUGCUACAGCAGGAAAAGACCAAGUUCAGGAUGGGUUCAUUCUCUUAAAGGUACGACAUGCAAAGCUGCAAGAAAGAGCAGAGGUUUUUUUGUUUCUAAAGAAGAGGUUCUCUGGCUAAAUGUACGUAACUGAAAAAACCAGAUGUUUCAGCCAAUAUCUUAUGUACAUUUAUGAGUUAACAUUUGCCUGCAUUUGCACAAUUUAAAGCCCUCUGCUUUUUUCCCAUUCAAAGAAAAUUAAAAAACUGAACGUGUUUACUACUCCAAAUUUCACAGAUAUGCUAAUUCCUUCCUUUCCAUCUCUAUGUUGGACAUUUCAGGUUGUAUCAUUGUCCUUAGGAAAUGGAUUUUUCCAUUAUCCCAAGAAAGUAAAUAUCUGUAAAAAUACAGUAUCAAAUUUUUCUCUUCUUCAGGGGUUAUUAAGCACCAUUCUAAUCUUGCAGAGAGUUAUCAGUGGCUAAAUAUUUAUUGCUGAAAUGAGGUCUUGAUUAAUGGACUCAGUGUCUAACAAUAACUAAAUAAAUAUCCAUGUAAUUACUCCAGUGAAUUUUGCUUUUAAUGUAAUGAUACCAGUAUUAUUCUAUCUGACUCUAGAUAUGUACAUGUACAAGUAAGUGCUUUGCCAAUGUUAUGUUCAGAUAUGCUUUCACAUGGAUUGAGACUACAACCGACUCCUGGCAAAACUGUGUAUCCAGACUGGAACACAGAGGAACAAGAAAUAACCUUUACAAAUGUACAACCACGAUCUUUCUUUUAGUCAUCAUAUUCAAUUUUGGAGUAAAGGCAGGGUGUGUGCACACAGAUACUCAUGAAGCUCUUUGUUGAACUCUAAGUUCAUGUAACAAAUGCUCACUGAAUAGUCUAUAAAUGGCUGGCAUUUUUAUUUUUCUUAUUAUAUUCUAUAUAAGUUGGGAAAAUGCAGAGUAAUUAGCAAUAUGAAUGAGCACCACAGAAUGUAUGGAAGUAAUGAAAAAUUAAUGGAAUGCUUAAUCUAAUUCUGCAUUUUUACUCACUGAGCUUUCUUAAGUGAUUAAAGAGUUAAAUUUGUUGGAUCAGAUUCUUGUCUCCAACUCUUAGAAAAUAUCAGAGGAACAGUAUUAUAUUAGCCAAAGCAAUAUCGCUGAAGAGUCAUUAGAUAAUGCAAGUAUACUGCAUGAAUUUCCAUUGCCAUUUCAUUAGAUAUCUCUCAAAAGCGAAGAAAUGAAGCCAAGAGCCGGCCAGAACAGUGCUAAGCACUACUGAAAUGCCUGCAAAUGGACUCUACAUUAAAUAGCAGGGGUAGAUCUUAAGUCCUACUUAAUUCUUUUUGCAUUUUUUUUUCCCUUGUAUAAGUUCUUACAGGAAUUCACAUGUGAUACUAGCAUGUUUUAAGGCUCAACUUGGAUUUUACACCAGCAUAACUCACUGGCAUCUUGGUGUGUGCCCUUGCCCUUGAUUCAUGUCAGUGGGGAGCUCCUCACAUUUUAAAUGGGCAGAGGUAGGAGUAAUAGGAGCAAUACGCUCAUUUAAUAAAUGUAAGA